AUGGCCACCUUAGACGAACGCCCUUCUGCCAAAAGGUGGCUUCCUCUUGAAGCUAACCCUGACGUCAUGAACCAGGCAAUCUCUCUCCUCCUAUUUCCCUAUCAUUCAGCAAAAUGUUUCAACCAUUCCUUCAAUUAUGAUCUGGAGGAGGCAGAGUGCUGUGAUGUUUUUGGCUUAGAUGAAGAGCUUCUGGAGAUGGUUCCGAAGCCAGUUCUCGCCGUGCUUUUUCUUUAUCCUAUUACCGCAAAGACUGAAGAAGAAAGGAUGCAACAGGAAAAUGAAAAAAGUAAAGUGUACUUUAUGAAGCAAACCGUGGGUAAUGCUUGCGGUACGAUAGGUCUGCUUCAUGCACUUGGGAACAUAACCUCUGAAGUCAAGCUUGUUGAGGGAUCGUUUUUUGACAAGUUCUUUAAAUCUACUGCCAGCAUGGAUCCAUUGCAGCGGGCUGUGUUUCUUGAGAAUGACAAGGACAUGGAAGUUGCUCAUUCAGUAGCAGCCAGUGCUGGUGAUACAGUGGCAUCAGAUAAUGUGGACACUCAUUUCAUCUGCUUUGCUUGUCAACUGUAUGAGCUUGAUGGAAGAAAGUUAGGACCAAUAUCUCAUGGUGCAUGCUCACCAAUUACUUUGUUGAAGGAUUCAGCUAAAGUUAUCCAGAGCAUGAUCCAGAAAAAUCCAGAUUCCCUCAAUUUCAAUGUAGUCGCCAAGAACACACCAUAUUACGCUGAUCUUGAUUCCGACACGUGUCUAGCUCCACCACCGUUGGAUUUGAAAGUCACUUAUACGCCACUAUUUCAUCACGUUGCUUCACAUGAGUAG